AUGAUUUCUGUUCAUUCUCGCAUUUGCUACCUUGUUUUGUUUUUUUACAUUUUCCUACACCCUGUUUCCUUCACACUUUGCUACACCCUGUUUCUUUCAUUCUUUGUUAUACAUUGUUUCUUUCACGAUGCAUCGGCCUGUUUCCUCCAGUUUUUGCUGCCUCCUGUUUCUUUCCUUUUUCUACACGUUUCACGUUUCCUACAACCUGUUCGUUUCACGUUUCCUACACCCUGUUCGUUUCACGUUUCCUACACCCCGUUCGUUUCACGUUUCCUACAACCUGUUUCUUUCACGUUUCCUACACCUUUCGUUUCGUUUCCUACCCCCUGUUCGUUUCACGUUUCCUACACCCCCGUUCGUUUCACGUUUCCUACACCCUGUUUCUUUCACGUUUCCUACACCCCGUUCGUUUCACGUUUCCUACACCCCCGUUCGUUUCACGUUUCCUACACCCCUGUUUCUUUCACGUUUCCUACACCCCGUUUCUUUCCCUCUCACUUGCCUGUGGUACACUGUUUCUUUCCAUAUCAAUCUUGCAUUUUGCUUUGCCCUGUUUAUUUCACACUUUGCUACAUUCCAUUUCUGUCACUUGCUACACGCUGUUUAUUUCACAUUGCAAACGCCUGUUACUUCACUCUCAAAAGUUGA